AUGUGCUUCAACGACGAAUUGGAGAACGGAGAUGCUCUGAACGCGGAUCUAGUUGAGGCCACGGAGCUCAACCUCAAGCGCCAGCACAACAGCCUCGCAAUCAUCAAUCGCCUCCCGGACGAAAUCCUUCAGACGGUGUUCGUCUGUCUUCGCGCCUCGUACGAAGAUGAAUUCAAGACAACCAUCUUUCACUACCUCUAUGUGCCUCACUGGAUCGCCAUAACUUGGACCUGUCACCGAUUCAGAGCCAUCAGCCUCGAUUACCCGUUGCUGUGGAGUCACAUUCGAGAUUUCAAGCGUCCCUGGCUGUUUGCGUUCCUCGAAAGGUCUGGUGUGACCACGCUGGACGUCAAAGUUAAUGCUCACUACCACGAGCAACUCCCCCUCGAGCGUAUCCUACAACAUACAUCCCGUAUGCGCAUACUCAACCUGGAAGGCUCAUCACGUGGGAUGUGCAAUCAAAUUCUGCCUCUACUCAAACAUGAACCCGCUUGUGAGAUGAGGAUGUUGUCGCUGCGAUUCGACGAUGACUACGAUGUAGACGACGCUGCUCAGGAGAGAGCGAUCGACUGUCUGACCAACGCGUUCGCACGUCAAGCACCGCUCUUACGCGACCUCUCUAUCCGAUGCAUCAUACCUCUUCACUCAACGACCUCAUUGCUUUCACCACUACUCGAAAGCUUGGAUCUAGAGGGGCCGUAUACGGCGCCAAAUCUAGCGUCGCUACUUCAGGCAGCAGCUGGUCUGCGCUCUUUAUCUGUCAGAGGCAGGAUACCGGAGUCUUCCCGUGCAUCCCAUGGCCCCUCUAAUGAGCGCGUACCCUUUCUAAGUCUUCCUCGCCUAUCGUCGCUUGACAUCUAUAUUUCCUUCGAUGAGCAGGUAGCCCAUCUCCUUCAUCAUCUCAAAGUUCCUGCGCUCCGAUUCACGCGCUUGAUGCUCACGGGCUCUGCGAACUCCAAUCUGAAAUCCGGCAACAUCGACACGGCAUUUUCCGCGCUGUCGUCAGUACUACGACAAAGCCACGAGGGCAAGCCCUUCCUGAGCGUACGAUUGCACCCGGUCUCGUACAGCAGCGGAUUUCAAUGCGUAGCGCACCUGUGGCACUCUCCGCGUGCAGGAGCCGAGACGAAGUACUCUUACCCCCACCCAAUCAAACCCGAUGCAAUCGUGGAUGUCUCACCAAGAAGCAGCCAUUGGACUCUUCCCCUCGCAGUUUUUGUGCCCUUAUACAAGCACGCCUGCAACAUCCUCCCGCUGUUAGACGUGAACACGUUGACUAUCGAGAUGCAUUACACAUUUACGCCGAAGCAAUGGGCAGAUAUUCUGCGGCCGCUCGCACGCGUCGAACACCUGAAACUCAUCGGAGAUAACCUUAUCACGGUUUUGAGCGCACUGGUCCCUACACCUUUCAUCUUCCCUAACCUGUCGCGCAUCGCCGUCCACCUUUCUGAGAAAGCAUUGCGAAACAACGCAUUCCUGCCGGAACUCGUAGAUGUCGGCAAGACCCGCGCAGAUGUGCAACGGUUGGCUAUUGCCUUCGAGGAUUGCGCUCGGGGAUAUGCCUACUAUUACCGCACUAUUGGGAAGUUCGCGAAGGUGACCUGGAGAUCGUCGAAAUCAAAGGGGAGACGCAGUCCAGAUUGA